AUGGCAGCCGCAACUGCUAACAAUGCUGAACCGGGUCCUGUUAAUUUCACUUCGCAGGACAUCUUAAAUGAAGUGCGGCACUUCCUUAGGGGCACAACCUAUGAUGGCAAAGUGAAUCGAGAGAGUUUAGCCAAGUCAGCACUAUUCUUGUUACGCACCCUACCUGCUGCUCGCCAUGCAGUUUUGGAGCACAUGUGUCACAUCUUUGAUGAAGCUGUCAUGUUGCACGUCAAGAAUCUGGACACUCGACCAGGACAUACACCUGGAGCAACCGAUGAAAAUCUGCACAGCCUGGAACCAGUCAUCCAAGAUGCUUGCAGUGUCCUGUUGAACUUCAUUAAAAGCAAUCCAGUUGCAUGGGCACCAAUUAUCUCUGCUUGGUCUUUGGGUUUGUUAGGUCAUAUAAGUACAAAGUAUGCUGAACAUCGAAGCUUACCACAUUCAAGCAGUCUCAAUGAAGUUUUGCAGUUAUGGAUGACCUGCCCGCCAACAAAAACCCUAAUGGAAGUAGCAACUGAUUGCUUUGCAGCAAUGGUUGGUAACACUCCUGAUGUCUGUGUUGAUGCUUUACUUGAAGCUUCUGUACAGUACUCUCCACAUUUUGACUGGGUGGUGGCUCAUAUUGGGUCUUGUUUUCCAACCACCAUUAUCACACGGGUAUUGAUGUGUGGUUUGAAAGAUUUCUGUGCUCAUAGGAACAACCGUUCUGGUGGCAUGCAGAUGACUUCUGAUAAGAAAAUUCCAAAAUUGGCUUCGGUAGUUGGAAUUCUUGGACAUUUAGCUUCCAAACACAGCCACAACAUCCGCAAGUCUCUGAUGAAUUUAUUUCAGGAUAGUUUUCAGCCUGGUGCCAACAUGAUGAGCCUCCCCACUGUGCCUUUCCUCCUGCAGUUGGCCUCCAUGUCCCCAAUGUUACUGCAAAUUCUCACAACAGAUUUGAUUAAAAUAUUAUCUCCUUCAGUGCUGAAUAAACUGCAUGACCAGUUUGUCCCUUGGAAAUCGGCCAAUAAAUCUGAAUUUGACAACUUCCUGCAACUUGUUGUCCAUUUAAUCAUCAAAAGUGAUGUCGGUGCUUAUCAGGUGAUUGGGUUUCUUCUAGAUUCGGCUUCACCAGCCACUCCAACACAAUCAGAUGCAAUGGAAGAAGAAACUUGUCACCCUGAAGUUCAACAAGUUUGCAAAUAUCUUUUGAAUCAUUUGUGCUCAGAACUUCAGAAAUUUGUUUAUUUGAAACAAGACAACAAAGUCAUUGAGGUGCCACUAUUGGCAUCUUUGUCCAAAUGUCAGGCAAGUUUAACAGGGGAUUACCUACAGAGUACGGGUCAAAGAUCUGAAUGGUACCUGAAAUUCUUGACCUGCAUUGCCUUAUAUGGUCCUGGCAAAGGGGCUUCUGAAAUUUUGGGAGUUUUAGUGACAGAAGCCAAAAAUACUACACAAUUGACCAGAUUUCUUCAAGUGCAAAAAGAAGUGGAAUUGGGCGAUGUGAACAUUUUACAAUUGACCAUGUCUCACUUGGUCGAUUCUUUACAAACCAAAAGUCAACGAGAAAUAAAUCGUUUACAUCUGCUUCGGAAUUUAUUGCAUUUGAUUCAGUGGGAAAAGAAUCUUCCUCGGCAGGGAUCAGGAUUUUGCAGGUCCUACCUGAGUAUUAGUAUUCAUGAGCAUUAUGAAACCUUCUUGCAACACUUGAACCACUCUGACCUUUCGGUUUGUGCCAUGUGUCUGAAACUUCUUAUUGCAGUUGGUCUACCUCCUGUCAUCAGCAGUGCCCUGCUCACUAAAGCUUGUUCAAUUCUUACAGCUCUCUUUUACCGAAUCCUUCACCUCACAGAUGGUAUGAAAUCUUUGCGGCUGAUUCGUUUGUGCCAUUCUUGUUACGACAUUUUCUGCAAUGUCCGGGUUGCUCAAAGUAUGUGUGUUCAGUUCCUUCUUGAAGAAUGUUUGGCAUCAGAAAAUGCAGCUUUGUUUGGCUCCAAGGUGGAUAUUGCACUUGACUGGCAAAAUGAUCUCAACAAGAACGUCUCACUAUUGGACCAGAACCAAGAGAUGGGCUUGUCAUUGCCCCUACCCCGAUCCCAUUCAAGAGUAUUUCAUGCCGGCAUCAUUGGACAGGGAUUGAAACCAAAACCAUUUCAACCACCUCUUUCUAAGGAACAAAUUUCUCGCAAUCGUCAGAGCUUACUGGAUGUCUUGUGGACCUGUAGUUACAGACGGAUUCCAUUUCGAACUGACAGCCGGGACAACUCUUCUUUGUACAUUCCGGGAGCUGAUCGCAUCUCAUCCAGUCUCUCUCGACAAAUUGCCAAUGUUCUUGUCUCACAGCUGACCCCCGACAUGUUGUAUAAUGGACCAGCUUGGCCAGAUGAAGAAUUUAUAAGAGUUACUGUAGAAAGAGAUUUGUGGGUCUGGAAAAAAUUUGAAGACAAUCCAGUCUUGUGGGAUAUUCUUGACAAUUUUGCAAAAAGCAGCUCAGUACUUUUUUACUGUUCUCCUUUGUUGCGGUCCCUUGUCUCGACGUUAAUGAAUUAUUAUGAGAGUUGCCGUGUGAAAAAUGCUUGUAAUGCUCCCAAGCACCUGGCAGCAGCUUGUAAGGUGAUCAAUUACAUGAGGAAGAGCAACUUACUCUCCCCACCUCUGUGUUAUAUCGGCGAACUCCUACCAGUUGUCAAGUCCUAUGAACUUUACUUAUUGUUGCAGACUGUCUGGCGGUACAUGAAGGAAAACCCACCUGUAAAUAAUCUUGAUCAUCAGAAAAAAGUUUGUGAUCCCAAGUUUUCCACAGUCAUCCGUUCCGUGUUGCACACCAACAUUGCCCAGAUGGGACCAAUGUACAAGCGUUUCUUUGACAGUCUCCCAAUUUCCACCUCACCAAAUACAACUGUUACCCUGGCAACCACUACUUCAUCUGUUUCUUCAUCUGCACCACUAAGCUCUACCACCGCCACCACCAGUACCUCACCCACAGCUCCACCAGCCACCACUUCCCCAACUUCUCCUGAGAAAAUGAUUGUUGAUAAAUGA